AUGGAGGUCGACAUUGCGCCCCAGUUCGGCGCUGAGCUGAAGGACGGUUUCAAGACGGUCAACGCCUGGGUCUCUGGAGGCAUCACAUGGCUCGACGACAUCCAGCAGUUCUACCGCGAACGGAGCGCCAUAGAGAAGGAGUACUCGCAGAAACUCAGCGCACUCGCAAAGAAGUACUAUGAGAAGAAGGCGAGGAAAGUGAGCAGCCUGAGUGUUGGCGACACGCCAACCGUAACUCCAGGCUCGCUGGAAAGUGCCUCCAUGACCACGUGGGGAGCUCAACUCAACACCCUCGAGCAACGCGCAACCGAACACGAGCAAUUCGCCACUGCCCUUGUCUCACAGCUCGCCGACCCUCUCAAGACACUCGCGGCUCGAUACGAAGAGCUUCGCAAGCUCCACGGUGACUACGCAGCAAAGCUCGAGAAGGAACGCGACAGUCAGUACGCCGAGCUACGCAAGACGAAGGGCAAGUAUGACAGUGUGUGUCAGGAAGUCGAAAACCGCCGCAAGAAGGUUGACGGCGCCUUUGACCAUGGAAAGAGCAAGGCGCGGAACGCCUUUGAACAGCAUCAGAUCGAGAUGCGCAAUGUCAAGAACACCUACCUCAUCACCAUCAACGUCACGAACAAGCAGAAAGAGAUGUACUACCACGAAUACGUCCCUGAACUUUUAGACGCAAGUACAUACCCACUCACACGCGAGCUUGGCACUGACGAUCCAGACAGAGCAUGCAGGAUCUAUCGGAGACUCGUGUCAACAAACUAAACGCCAUCUGGUCCCUGGCAGCAUCCAUCGAAACUCAAACCCUCACGCGCAGUGCGGAAUACCUGCAACACCUUUCCUCUGAGAUCCCUCGCAACAACCCUCUCCUCGACUCCAUGAUGUUUGUCAGACACAACGCUGGUGGAUGGCAGGAACCCGGCGACUUCCAGUUCGAGCCCAGUCCGGUGUGGCUCGAUGACGGGAACCUCGCUGUUGAUGAGUCUGCAGUAAUCUUCUUACGGAACGUCUUGUUGAAGACGAAAGCUUCGUUAGGAGAUCACCGCCGCGACCUCGACAAGAAGUUGAAGGAAGUUGAGAAUGCAAAAGCUUUGCGACGAAACAUCAGAGAUGGGAAGGACAAGAGAGAUGAGGUCGAUGUUGUUCGUGCUAUCUUUGCUAUCCAGGAGGCGGCCCAUGAGAUCGAGAAGCAGAAGGUCAGCGCUGAAGUCGAAGUCUCGACAAUCACUUCGGUUGUUGGCGACGUCAGCAUUGGCGCGAGAAACCACAACUUCAAGUCCCAGACUUUCAAGAUACCCACAAAUUGCGAUCUGUGCGGCGACCGUAUAUGGGGACUGUCUGCAAAGGGAUUCGACUGCCGAGAUUGCGGUUACACUUGUCACAGCAAGUGCGAGCUGAAGGUGCCGGCAGACUGCCCCGGCGAGCAGACGAAAGAGGAGAAGAAGAAGCUUAAAGAGGAGCGACAAAAAGCUUCACACACCGUAGCGUCUACGAACGGCGCCACGACUGGCUCACAGUCCGAUAUGCCGCGUUUGGGCAGAAGCGACACCGUAAACUCGAUGAACACCCUUAGCUCCGGAUACUCUGCAACAGCGCACAGAUCGAUAUCAGGUGGCAUGUCACCUACUGUUGAGGAACCACCAGCAGAAAAGAAGGCACCGGCAGCCGGGGCUAGGAAACAUCGAGUUGUUGCGCCACCGCCCGCUGCGUACGUCAAGUCGGAUGAUGAUGCCCCGCCACCAACGUCAGGUACACCAGAGGUCAAGGGCAGGAUGCUAUAUGCCUAUGAGGCCGGCGGCGAAGGCGAAUUGACGGUUGCCGAUGGGCGAGACGUCAUCAUUCUGGAACCUGAUGGUAGGUCCUCUCUCAAGCUCACUCCUAUGCUUCAGUAUCUUCUGGACAUGUCGCUUACAGACUGUACAGACGGGUCUGGUUGGAUCAAAGUCCGUGCCGGAGCCAAGGAGGGUCUUGUGCCUGCCUCAUAUGUGGAAAUCGUUGCUGCAGCAACACCGCCCACUACUGCGUCUACCUUCUCGUCAACGCGGCCCGACUCAACAUAUUCUGCAUCGUCAGCCUCUACGACAAAUCUCGCAGCUCAGUUGACAGGCGGAAAGAAGAAAGGCCCAGCUGUGGCACCCAAGCGAGGCGCGAAGAAGCUCAAAUACGUCGAAGCGUUGUACGAGUACAACGCACAAAGCGACGUAGAGCAUUCGAUGGCCGAGGGGGAGCGAUUCGUUCUUAUCAACAUGGAUACUGGAGACGGGUGGGCGGAUGUCGAGAAAGACGGCGUAGUACGGAGUGUUCCUGCAAACUACAUUCAGCAGGUCUAG